AUGUUUUAUGUUGGAUCAAUUCCGACCAUCGGCGAUACACUCAGUUCGUCGGGUUCAGAGUUACGGAAAUUCUGGAAGCUACGGAAGCACAUGAAUGGCGAUACGUACCAAGCAGAACCAAUCGUCUGCACCGUGGAUUACUCCAGUUGGGAUCGAUUGACAAACGUAGUCACGUGGGUUCUACGGUUCACUGCAAACCGCCGUCUCAAGCAACAGAAGCUGUCGACUAAAACGGGACCGUUCGCUGAAAGCGAACUGUGUAAAGCAGAAGUAUAUCUGAUCCGCAUCGGGCAGCAAGAAGGUUACUCCGAAGAACUCUCCAUCCUUCAGAAUACACCACAAAACGGAAGGGAACAAACAGCGAUACUUCCAAAAUCCAGUUCCCUGUACAAACUGACACCGUGGCUAGACGAACACGGCAUACUGCGAAUGAGAACCCGUAUCGCAGCCUGCCAGUACGCCACCGAAGACGCAAGGGAACCCAUCAUCCUACCACGCAAGCACCACAUCACUACCUUAAUAAUAUCACACUACCACAAUAAAUACCACCACCAAAACCACGAAACAGUGAUAAACGAACUGCGGCAAAAAUACCAAAUCAGCCGAAUACGCUCAUGCUUCAACCAAGUACGAAGAAAUUGUCAAAGAUGCAAGAUCGAAUGUGCAGCACCGAAUCCUCCAUUUAUGGCCGACCUACCGCCUGGUCGUCUAGCAGCCUUCUCACGCCCGUUCACGCACACAGGAGUUGAUUACUUCGGCCCAAUUGAAGUCGUCAUCGGCAGGAGGGUCGAAAAACGCUGGGGGCUGCUAGCUACCUGUUUGACCAUUCGGGCGAUACACAUCGAAGUGGUCCAUUCGCUGACCACUAGUUCCUGCAUCAUGGCAAUCCGCAAUUUUAUAGCUCGACGUGGUCAACCCCGUAAAUUCUACAGCGACCGAGGAACUAACUUCAUCGGAGCGGAGCGAGAGCUAAAAAAGCUGGAAGAAGUGAUCAACCAUGACGAGAUCAUGCGAGAGUUCACUAGUUCCGAAACCGAGUGGGUAUUCAAUCCCCCACUAGCUCCACACAUGGGCGGAAGUUGGGAGCGACUAAUACGUACCGUGAUGGCCGUUUGUACAACGAAGAAACCAUCCGACGAAGUGCUCAGGAACACUCUCACCGAAAUUGAGAACGUAGUAAACUGUCAACCACUCACGCACGUGCCAGUAGAUGACGAUUCCGCUCCAGCUCUAACCCCGAACCAUUUCCUGCUUGGUUCUUCAAACGGUACGAAGCCACUGGUUACGAGUCCCGACUGCGGUCUUGCCCUGAAGCAGAACUAG